AGAUAUUUGCACAGCAGGUUAUACAGAAGUGAUACACUAUGUGGGUCUACAUUUGUAGACUAUUGUAUUGCAGCUAGGCGUGACCUUUGCAUUGUUUUUAACGGUUAAAGCUCUUGAUGGCGGGACAAUUAACUCAGUCAUAUGAUUAUGAGCUAGCUAUCUAGGCCAGCGGACAGAGUGUGCACUGGCACUGACACUGUGUGGUCUACCAUUGGCAUGGCCGUGCAUAGACAGGAAUAACCGUCGUUUCUGGGGAUUUAUUCAACAAUUUCUGACAUUUUACUGUAAUCCCCAUUUGGAGCCAACGUAGUUCAGCGGAACAACCAAAAUACAGAGACUGAAGCUUUUGGUCUAGGCCGUGCACAGCUAGCUACUAGUAUGUACUAGCUAGAUAUACCUGUACGGCGUAUCGGAACAUAAUUAUGUUUACUGCAAGUGUUAAUCAUGCUGCAUUGCGAUGUCAUUGUCAAACGUGUAGGCCUACAUGUACCAUCCAACCUCUGGCUAUAACGUUACGUAGUCGUACUCGUAGUAUACCCAGUUGUUGUGUGUCCGGACAGGUUGUGUGUCCGGACGAUCAAUUUUAGAAAGUCAUUUGGAAAAAUUUACAAGGGAAGUUUUAUCAAUUUUUAGUACGAAAUGUCAGGAAAUAUUAUAGAGAACAAAAUAGAAGAUGAUUACAACUAUUGAUUUCGUAUUUUUAGUGUAAUCCAAAGACAAAAAAGAAGGCUUCAAAAAUAUAAAGUGUCCGGACACCCGAUCCCCCAUCCUACAGCAAACAAGGUUCAAACAUAGGACAGGUCUGAGUGAAUCAGACCAAAAUGGAAAAGUGCAUUUACUUUAUUUUUAGAAUUAGAUUCUAAACAGCUAAAAGUAAAAGAUCUAGGCCUACACUGAAUUCGAUCAUCACACAACUCAGACAACGACACGUCAACGAGGGCAGCGGUGAUGGCUGCUGAUGUUGGUCGCAUAUCGUCAUCGUUGAGUACUGGUCAUGUCACUAAAAAUCUUCUUACUAGGCCUACUACAGGAGCUGAUGUGAAUAAGGUCGAUAAUAAAGGUUGGACUCCAUUACAUCAUGCUGCUAGAAAAGGCCGUAUUGAUAUCGUAAAACAAUUAAUCUGCCAUCAUGGCCAUGGAGCUGAUGACGUAAAUCAAACAAGAAAAGAUGGUAGCACUGCUUUGCACUCGUCCUCUCAAGAGGGUCAUCUAGAAGUCACCAAGUUUCUGGUCAGUAAAGGAGCUGAUGUACAUAAGGGGAAUAAUAACGGUUUGACUGCAUUGCACAAUGCUGCUAAGAAUGGUCAUAUGGAAGUCACCAAGUUUCUGGUCAGUGAAGAAGCCAAUGUACACAAGGGAGAUGAUAAUGGUGUGACUGCAUUGCACUAUGCUGCUGAGAAUGGUCAUUAUAAAGUAACCAAGUUUCUGGUCAGUGAAGAAGCCAAUGUACACAAGGGAGAUGAUAUUAAUGGUUUGACGCCAUUGCACUAUGCUGCUAAGAAUGGUCAUCUUGAAGUCACCAAGUUUUUGGUCAGUAAAGGAGGCCUCGAUCUAGAUGUACAUAAGGGAGAUGAUAGUGGUUUGACUGCAUUGCACCAUGCUGCUAAGAAUGGUCAUCAUAAAAUCACCAAGUUUCUGGUCUGUAAAGGAGGCCUAGAUGUACAUAAGGGAGAUGAUAGUGGUUUGACUGCUUUGCACUAUGCUGUUGUUCAUCUUAAGGUCAUCGAGUUUCUGGUCAGUAAAGAAGCCGAUGUACACAAGGGAGAUAAUAAUGGUUUGACUGCAUUGCACUAUGCUGCUAAGUAUGGUCAUCUUAAAGUCACCAAGUUUCUGUUCUGCAAAGGAGCCGAUCUAGAUAAGGGGGAUGAUAAUGGUUCGACUGCAUUGCACUACGCUGCUAUUUAUGGUCAUUUUAAAGUCGCCAAGUUUCUGAUCAGUAAAGGAGCUGAUGUACACUUGAAGGUGGAUAAUAAUGGUGUGACUACAUUGCACUAUGCUGCUGAGAAUGGUCAUAUUAAUGUCACCAAGUUUCUGAUCAGUAAAGGAGCUGAUGUACAUAAGGGGGAUAAUAACGGUUUGACUUCAUUGCACUAUGCUGCUAAGAAUGGACAUUAUAAAGUAACCAAGUUUCUGGUCAGUAAAGGAGCCGAAGUGAAUAAGGGAGAUAUUGAUGGUUGGACUGCAUUGCACAUAGCUGCUAAGAAUGGUCAUCUUGAUGUCACCAAACAUCUGAUUGAUCAAGGAGCGAGACUCCAUGAGGAAAAUAAAUAUGGAUAUUCUGCCUUGCACCAUGCUGUUACCACAGGCCACCUUUAUGUCAUAAAAUAUCUAAUCUCUCAAAGAGCUGAUGUAAAUCAAUGCCGAAAGGAUGGUCGUACAGCUUUGCACAUAUCUUCUCAAGAUGAGGCAUGUCUCGAUAUCACCAAGUAUCUUGUUAGUCAAGGAGCGGAAGUAAAUUUGAAAUGUAUUGACGGUUUUACUCCGUUACAUAUUGCUGUCCAGCUUGGCACCAUUGAAGUUGUCAAGUUCCUACUCUCAAAAGGAGCACACAUCAAUAUAAAAAACAUUCGUGGUCAGACACCUUUAAGCCAGGCCUUAGCCCUCAAACACAAAGACAUAAUAGAUCUACUCAUUGAAGACUGGGAUUCUAAGAAUGCCAAGAUCGAUCAACCAAUUCUCCAUCUUGCUAUACAAGAAGGUGAUGUGUCCCUCCUAGUCAAGUUAGUUUCUCACGGAUGUGAUCUCAAUGUUCAGUCCUCUGAUGGUCAGACAUGUCUUCACAAAGCGAUUAAAUUGUGCUACAUUAACAGGGCGGUUGAGAUGGUUACGAUUCCAAACGUACUGAGAAAGAUACCCGAUGAGUAUUGCGAAGGUGGGUUAUCUCCGCAGAAGGCCUUGGUGUUCUAUCUUCUCCGGUGUGGAGCUAAAAUAGAUGUCAAGGAUUUAGGAGGAAAGCGACCAAUCGACUAUGCAAAGGAUGAUGAGAUCAAGCAGAUGAUACUUUCUCGUUCGAAAAUGAAUAGGCAAGCAAGUUCUUCCAAUGUCACAGGAGUGACUGUGCGGAAACAGAAGAGACGAUCUAUCAAUGAAAAUGAGAAUGAUUUUAAAAAGAGACCCAGGCAGAGACUAGAAUACCCAUCUUCAGAUGUCCUUCGUGAUACAACUAAUGCUAAGGAAACCAAUGGUCAGUUGGAGGAUACAGCAAUUAAAAUGAUUACCCAAACAGAUCAGUUGAAAGGAUCAAUGAUGAAAGGAUCUAUGGAUUCAGAUUCUGGAACGGGUACUUUUUCACUGGGAAUAGAAUGUUCAAGUCGAGCCGGCCGUGGGUCAACACGGAGGGCUCAACACAAGCAAUCGAGCAACAGUUACUGUGCAACAUCUUGUGCAACUCACCAAAAGCCAGCGGUUGAUCUGUAUGACGUCUACCUGAUUUUCAGUCAAGAGACAGAACACGUUCAAAGGGUCAAAGAAAUCAUUCUCACAAAUAAAUUUACAUUGAGGACCGAUGCAGACGCCAAGCUUGGCGAUCCAAAAUUAACCAGCAUGGAGAAUGCUGUGAAGAACUGUCGUUGUGUGGUUAUCAUUAUUACAAAGGAGGAUUGUCAGAAGGAUGAUGUCAACUGCAAAAUGGUGAUUGGGAUGGCUCAUCAAUUGCGGGUGGAUGGAAGGAAGUGUCCAUUGAUAGUAAUUCGAUGCUGCGAGGAAGAAUGUCUUCCUCUGAAUCUUAGUAUCUAUGAAAGUGCACAUAUCAGUGACAGAGAUCUGGAAAAGAGAUUAAAGGAAACCAUUUUGGCUGCUCGGGAUAAGUAAGCUGUAGGACAAUAACAAAUGACAGGUCUUUUUAUAUUAUUUAUUUUUAUAUCUAACUCUUGCAAUUUGCAUUAUGAACCCUUAUAGACAUGUAUGUUAGAAAAAUAUAUGGACAAUGUUUGGUACUACAUAGUCUAAAAAUCUAGGUAUGAAUCAUUCGCUGUACGACCAACGAUCAGGCCUGUGCACGUACGCUAAUUGAUUGAUUUUGAUAGAUUUUUGCCUCGCAUGAAAAAAGUUCAGCAGAGAUCUAGUGAUCACUUUUCCAGUUGGUCUUUUAAAAAAUGUUAAAGUUUUUGUCCAACUUGCUCUCAUUUCUUUAUUCCUGCAUCAAUUAUGUUCAUACUUAGUAAUAUGAUCCUUGCAUGGUUCAGUAUAGCCAAUGUUGGUUCUGGGACCAGAAAAAUCAUGAAUCAAACCUUUUUAUUUGGUAUAAUAGCAUGAUUACAUCUUUUAAAAAGAGCUUGUUAGAGAGAGAUUUUUAUGUACAAAAAAUUAUAUGGAGGAGAUCUGUAUUUACUGAAGUAAACUGAAUGAUGGUUUUAGUUUACAGAAGAUUGUGAUUUUCAUGAGAACAGCAAGGUUUAAUAUGUAGAAUAAUUAUUCGUAAUUCGUAAUAUGAUAUGCAGUGUUGUAACUAAUGUAAGUCCGGUCCAAGUAGUGGGGUAAUGUACAUGUACCACAUGUAUGUACGGGGGUAUACAGUGCGUCCCACAAAAAACGAAACCGAGAUUUAUUGAUGAUUUAUCAUAACUUAAUCACAAAUACAAUAGACAGAUGACCUACCAUUGUAAAGCUUAGAAUCUCCUCUUUCAUCUGAUAUUACUUAGAUUAUCUCUCAUUCACGCAUGAGUGAGCAAAAACAAUUUGAAGAAAGGAUAUGAACAAGUCACUUGGUGGGCUGUAUGUGGCUUUCAAAAAGAAAAAAACAUUUUAAAAAAGUUCAAUAUCUGUUCUUUAAUUUGAUAUCUCAAUUACAGAAAAUGGUCAAGAAAUAACAAAGUUCAGGUUAUUUGAAAUAAGGCUUGAAUUUCAAUAAUUUCAUAAAAUGAAGAGGUUUUACAAGCUAGCGUUCAAACUCACUCGACACUCCGUUUUGUUGACUAUCAGCCAUGCAUUAAGUCUUUUGUUAAGCGUGCAAUAGCUUCUGUGGGUAACCGGUGAAAAUAUGUUUAUGUAAUGAAAUUAUGGAAAUACAAGCAUUGUUUCGAGGGAACAUAACUUUUUUACUUCUUGACCAUUUUCUGUGAUUAAGGUAUCACAUAAAAGAGCAGAUAUUGAACUUUUUAGGCAGGUGAUUUUCUUUUUGAAAUUCAGAUACCCCCCGCCAAAUGAGUUUUUGGUAUCCUUUCUUCUAAUUGUUUUUGCUCACUCAUGCAUGAAUGAGGAAUAAUCUAAGUAAUAUCAGAUGAAAGAGGAGAUUCUAAGCUUUACAUUGGUAGGUCAUUUGUCUAUUGUAAUGAUGAAGUUAUGAUAAAUCAUCGCUAAACUUUGGUUUCGUUUUUUGUGGGACGCACUGUAUAAUACACACAAUGCUACCAUCUCACUUUUUUUUUCUUUUCCAUGGCUGUUGCAAUAAUUUUAUUGUCAUAUUAUAAACUACUGAUUGGCAUUUGGGUUGACCGUUUAUUUCAAUGUACGAGCGAGCAGAGCAAGCGAGCAAAUUCUCAGUAGUUGGUAGACUGAAUGGUGUCUUUCUAGGAGGGUAUAGGAUACAUGUAGACUUAAGCUUGCUGUGAGCGAGUGAACCUUCAGUUGCUCCAGACAUUAGAAGGAAUGUGCAUAUUAGAGGGGGAAAAACAUAACAAAAUGAAACUUCU